UGUUUAAUUUCACGAUGCCCGCAAGGACGGAUCACAACGCAAUCUCCAACUGCCACUAUUCAUUAUCAAGUAAUAAAACCUUUCGAUUUAUCAUGAAUAUCUAAGUAGAUGGAUACCGGUAUCUAUUGUCACACUAAUCCUCUCGAUUCAUAUCUCAAAUGUGAUGAAAUUGGAUCAAGUUCCAGGGAAGUUUAAGGACAAAUGAUGCAAUCCCAUAGCCAAGAAACAUCACAUCACUUUGUCAAUGUCCUGUCCGGUUGUUACAAGGACUGUGGAAAUAUUGGCACAAUCACAUACAGGACUCAUCAAGGUUCCAAUGACCGUGACGACACAUGUGUUUAGACGCCUCGUUAUACCAGGAGCAAUUAGUGUCGAAAUUUUAAUUUCAAAGUCAAGUGAUAAUUCGGCAGAGGGACAAUGCAUAGUCUCCUCGAUGCUUCAAUUCUAGUCGUCUUCCUGUGUUAGGAGUUAUUUAUCUCUGAUGACAAAAGUGGCCAUUGUUUAAAUAUAUUGUGCUCUUGUAAGAAGACGAAAUAUUUCUUUUAGGAGGACCUCCAACCCGCCCUAACUGGUCGCACCAAGUGGUGCCGCCUGCUGGUUGUGACAAUUUCAGGUGGUUCCGCUCACAAUGGACUGGUCGCUGUUCAUCGAGAGAUCUUCUUGGACGUACAAGUAUGUGGAACACACUUUGGAGACUUAUUUUGAUAGCCGCCCUGCAAACAUUUACCCUGCCUAUUAAUUAGAUUCCACGCUUGUUGACACCAAUAGUCACUUUGUUGGCGAGUUUUGAAAUAUUUUGAAAUGUCAACUUCAACCGACCUUUGUGUGCUGUGGUCAAAGAUUUAGAUACCUGCACAGUUUGGUUGGCCUACCCCACUGGUAAUUGGAUAGCUGGACGAAAGCUGGAAAAAACUUUACAAACAACGUAAGUGGGUUAAAAUCGGCGACAAAACAUAUUCUGAUACGAGGAGCUUCCAACAUGUCAAGAUUGUGUCUUAUUCAACAUAGGGGGAAACAGUAAGUAUGUUGUCAGUAAGUUGUUCCUCCAAUGAUCCAAGAUGGGCCUAAUUAGUGACUUAACAGGACAUUUUAUUGAUUGUGACAUGAUUGUACUGUCUUAUUAGUCAACAUGUUCGAGCUAUGUGAAGACGAGGACAAUACUUUUCUUGUGAAACGAAGCAUACCACUGUUUAACUAUGCAAAGGGGAGAACAACGGCCGUCGCUGAAGACGGGGAGCUUCGCAAUCAAGAUUCACCCUGACCACAAGAUGUUUGCCUCGCAGAAGCGGUACGGUCGCCACCUAGCUACGAAAUCUGUCACUGAACGCGACUUCGCAAGCCGGCGACGAGACAUCGAUGACUCAGAGAAGGUGACCCUACAAAAGCUAAAACUUGAGAAGAUUAAAGUUUGGGAAGAAUUAAGGCGGAUUAAUGUGAAGAGCCGAAGUUUGAAGCGAGGUUCGUUGAUAGAACGGGAAAUUGUUGCAGAGAGAAAGAAAUUGGAGAAACAACUGCAGGAACAACAUCGUCCGGUGUCUAGUGCCGCUAUUCAUAAUCAUUUGUCCGGGAGUCUGAUGAUACGGGGAGUACAGCCACAACCACGGCCUACGUUCAAAGAUGAGGAAGGUAGGCCUAUGCGUCCCAAAACCACAUCAGCGUACCGGGUAGCACUGUCGGCGCGGCAAAUUGUCGAAUUGCGUCCGAAGACAGCUGGGGCAUUCGUCCCAUCUGGACAGGCGCUGUUGCAUCGUGAAUCGAGUGAGCUCCUCCCAGCGGCAAUGAAUAGAAAACUCCUCAAGGCUGACCGGUUGGCGGAUUCAUUAGACAAUCUACACAUCAGACACUAUCUGUCACCGGAGGAACUGAAAUUUGUUGAAUCGAACAACCGCCACAACCGGACGACAAGGCCGUCUCACUCCGGUUGGCAACCACGCCGCCUACUGAGCAGCGAUCAAACUAGAACAUCCAGCGACGACGGUCUCGUACAGGCCACAGACGAGAUUUCAAGUGUCUUGGACCAUGAUUCUGUCCAACCAAAACGACUGUUACAAAGAGAACGCAGCGCUAAUAAACUGCGUGAGAAGAGUUUGUCAGUGGACGAUAUAAGUCACUUGCAGGGUUCAAGUGAGACAAGAGAGGCUAGGGAGGUUGUGAGGCGGAUUGAGAGAGAUUGUGAUAUACUGGCGACCAAAGGGUUCAUUACAAAGCCAAUGUCUCAUCCAACUGUGGUGAAGCUUCCCUCGGUAGAACCGGAGGAUGACAAUGCGGAGGGGACAGACUCCAGUUAGCGACACUUUUUUAUUGAUUCCUUCUCAUUCGUUAUUUAUCUGAUAGUGGUGCAUUGGUUUGCGCUCCGUUUGUGUUGGCCUAACAUUUAGUUGUGUCAGCUAGGUUCAAAGACGAAGUUGUGGUAGUCCAGACCGGACCAAGAUUAUACGGUAUGAUCCUAAUCUUAGGUCUAGGCUUCUCUAGCUACAGAUCAGUAGUGAACAUGUGGUAUAGGACUUUAAAACUUGGGCGGAAACUUACUUAUACACCGGUCGUCUUCCGCUGAGCUGUACUAGUCUGUCUUUUCAUGUCAGUUUCACGAUCAUGACGAUAAGCAUGUCAGACUGUGCAGUUAUAUCCACUGCUAGUUAACUUACUGAAGAGUAUUUUAGUGUAACGCCAUCCUAAGGUGUU